AUGUAUAGAUAUGGUGUUGAAUGUUUAUUUCGAUUUUAUACAUAUGGUAUAGAAAAACAUUUUCGUCAACAUGUAUUUGAAGAUUUUCACCAAGAAACUCUUUAUGAUCAUGAAGCUGGUCAAUUAUAUGGUUUAGAAAAAUUCUGGGCAUUUUUAAAAUAUUCUCGACAAAAACUAAAAAUCAAUCCAAAACUUGAAGAUUUUCGUCUUGAUGGUGCAUCAUUUCCACAACAAUUUUUUCCAACAAAAUCAAAUUAUAGUAAUUGA